UAAAAGAUAAAAAAACCGGAUGGGAAUUAGUUCCAUGCGCGCGCGCAGUCAAUCCAAUCGGACCAGACGACAUCGAAAAUGGAGUGAAACGACGCUCGAGGAGUCCCGCCCUGGAUAUAAAAGUGGGCCAGGUUUGUAAAGAAUAAGCAGGAAGUGACAUCAUCACAAACAUGGCAUCUGCUAUAGCAGACUCCUCCAAGGUUGUCUCGCCAAUACGAAAAAGAACGGCGUCAGAAGAGGAGACGUUUCGGGCCUUACAGACAGAGUUUGACUUCGAACAGAAGAGGGAAAUAUUGAAAGACCAGAGAAACUUCAUUGUUGACGAAGAGAGCUUCAUAGAGACAUUUCUUAAAUGUCUAAUUUGCCGGGAGCUCUAUGACGACAUAGUGCGACCUCCCAAGCUCUUGAAUUGUCACCACUCCCUCUGUCUGCAGUGCAUUCUUCUCAUUUUCCAAAAAGAGGCAGAAUAUCGUAAAAGCCUAACUCCCGCCUACGGCGAACUUCCGACUGCUGUAACCAUCAUCUGUCCCACGUGCAGGACCAAUUUCAUCACGACCCAGGACACGAUCAGACAACUCCCGACUGAUCAUCGAAUCAUCCAGCUCAUUGAUUUCGUCAAUCGCACUGAACGAUAUACGACUGAUUUCUGUCCGCAACACAGAUUUCAACCAAUCAAUUUUUUCUGUGAGCUUUGCAUUACGUUUAUUUGUCGAGACUGUACAGUUGUAGACCACCAGGAGGCCCUUGGUCAUACGGUCGUGGACUUUGAAGGCGCGAUAAAGAAAUACAUUCCGAUUCUAGAUAAAGCAGUGAAGGAGAUGGAUUCGGAGAAAGACGCCAUUAAGAUGAAACAGAAAGCCGUGGAAGACGCCAUAGAAAAUCUGGACAAAGAGGAAAACAAAGUGUCCGAUGAAAUCAAGGAGUCUUUCGCAAAACUUAGAAAGAUUUUGGAAGAACGAGAGCAAGAAGUUCUUCAAAUGGCACAAAGAGAGGUUGGAAACGAGAAAAGUAAACUGAAGGAAAAACUUUCUCUCAUGGAAAAACGCUCGGAGGAGUUAGAUGAAAAUAUAAAUGAAAUAGAAAAGACGAAAGAGGACGGAAAGUUGGAGACUCUGUACAAGACGUCACGCACUUAUUCCAGCUACAGGUCCGAGCCCGUCAUUAAAGUUAAGGAAAUAGACGAGGGCGUGGUGCCCAAGUUCUCGUUCAACAGCAGGGACGAGAGCACCAUCUCCAAUAAGUUACAGAACUUUGGUGACGUUUCGUCCUUCUCGGAGUCGGUCUACACACGACCCACUCUCGGUAGAUCCGCCGCUCUGUCUGAAGAUCGCUACGGAAGCUCCAGAUACUCUGCCGUCAGCGAGAACAGGUACUCGUCGUCAGGAUCAUCGUCGUCGUCAUCGUCGUAUACGUCACGAUAUUCAUCUCCAUACAACAGAUACUCCUACAGAACCUGAGGAAUUUCACAUUGCGUGGGAGGUCUAUGUUAUUUUCAUCUUGUACUGCAUUUAGAGUGUAAAUGAUAAUGAUUAUGAAGAAUAUUUCAUUUACGAUAAAUUUUAACCCUUGCAUAUUUCCUUGUUAUACGUUAUCGGUAUGUGGAUAUACGAUAUAAAUAUAAAUGUCUUGAAUGAUUAAAUUUUGCCUUUAAUAAUUUUCACGUGCCACAGUUUACUAUGCCAUUGAUAUGCAUUUAUUUUGAUAUUAUGCGUUAUAUUAUAGUAACUUGAUAUUAAAGCAUAAUGAAUAUA